AUUUUGUUUAAACGUCCGCGCUCGUUCCGUAGAGACAGCGACAACCAGUCCGUGUCCCUGGAGACAGCAAAGAUAACAAAACAUACAGGUGCUUAUGUGAACGAUGCAGGGUUCUGCUCAGAUGAGACGGCGAGCCGCUCAGGACUUCGAUGCCUGCUACGAGUCCUUGUGUGCCACUCAGGGCUUAGCUCCGGUGGCUGCUGUGAGGUUGGGUCUGAGCCAAGGCGUGCUGGACUUUAACGGAGAUGCCAUCAGUUUCCCAGACUGGGCUCCUAUACUGUCAGCACUAAGUGUUAAUAAGCAGCUGCACCAUGUCAGUGUGAGAAGUUGCUAUCUCUCCAGUUUGGGCUCUCAGGGUUCCUAUAAGCCGUCCUUUAGGAAGAGAACUCCUGUUGUCCAUUCCAAAAGCAUGACGCUUCAGCUUUGCAAAGCCGUGCAGAAAUGCCUGGAGAUUUCACGCAGCCUUAAAACGCUCCACCUGCAAGGGCUGCCUCUGAGACCGAGGGACCUCGAAACACUCACUAAAGGUUUGUCCAAGAGCGUGUCAUUGGAGCACUUGUCUUUGGCAAACUGUCCCAUUUCAGACGAUGGACUAGAGACUAUCUGUCAGAGUGUGAAGUACUCAACAACUAUUAAAACAGUGGAUUUCACUGCAUGUAAUAUUACCUGGCGAGGAGCAGAGCACAUGGCAAACAUUAUAAAGCUCCAGGCAGUCAAGCGACACACCACGGCGUGGGCGGAGACUUUGCGCUACAGGAAGGCGGAGUUCGAGGCAAUGAGCGGGCUUCGCAGAAUCACGCUCAACGAUAACAUCCUAAUCGGCGACAGAGGAGUCACAUCCCUCGCUCAGGAGCUUACAGAGGACCUGUGGGUCAAAGCGUUGGACCUGCAGAGGUGUGGCAUCUCUAACGAUGGAGCUCGCAUUCUAGAGAAAAUGCUCCAGUCCAACGGCACGAUGUGUGUAUUAGACAUCCGGAGGAACCCCCUAGUGGAUAAUGAGCUGGUAAAGUCUGUGAUUAAGAAAGUGCUUAUGAAUAAUAAAGGUCCGGAUUCACAGUAUUUGUGGUUGAAGCCUCCAGCUAAGGAUGCAAACGAUCACUCGGGACAAACGAACAGGAGAAGCACAGGAAGAGCUACUUACAGAAUCGUUAAAGGCUCGCGGCGGGCGUCUAUAGCACCGUGCGGAGGGAGGCCUCCCCGCCCCGGCAGUAACGCUUACAUCCCAUGGCGCACUGCGGCACGCGCCAAACUUCAGAGGGGUCUUCCUCAGAGUGCUGCGACAGCGGUUCCGACCUUUCAGAAUGCCUCCUCCGUUCGAGUCACACUGGAGUCAGAGAGCGAGUCUCAGUCUGAUGAAAAUGAAAGCGUGUCGCAAAGUGUGCGUACGCCGAGAGCUGGUGAGAACAUCGUCAGCAGCCAGUACAGACGUCUGCAGGCAGAUUACAGGAGUCUACAGGAGCAGCUGGAGGAAUACAGGCUCAGGCUUACCGAGGAAAGAAACGCAAGACUCAAAGCCACUUCUCGUGUUGUCGAGCUGGAGUUAGAGAACAAUCGUCUACAGAGUGUGAACCAGUCCCUGUCUGAAGCUCAACUCAGUCACUCUGUAUUGGAGGACGAACAAGUACUGGACAGCAUCGAGGCUUCCUUUAACAAAUUCCAUGCCUUCCUUGACCUGCUUAAAGAUGCUGGGCUCGGUCAGUUGGCAUCCAUGGCUGGCAUACAGCAGUCAGAUUUUGGGGUACCGAAUCGUCCUCAGCUAUCUUCUACACAGCGACCAGGCCAAGGAGACAAGGCCAGCGAGCAGAGAAAAGACAGCACGGCUAUAAACACCGUUCAAAAAGCAUCAAGACCUCAUUCGACCACAUCGUCCUCUGCAGCUAGUGCUGUCUCCAGGAACUCUCGUCAUCUCCAGUCCCCACGAGAUGUUACCCUCGCUCCGGCUCCGCAUCCCUCCAUCCUUUCACCUUCUCCUUUAGACCAUCCCGAGGCUCUUCGUCAGCAGCAGAGUGUCGCUCCAGCACGGUCACACUCAACCAGGGUGUCCGGCUCUGAUAAAGGCAGCCGAGGCUCUAAACGCUCCAGCAGUUCGGCCAGCAGCGUCCAUGCUAGUGUUAACAGUAAACUUUCCUAUUCUUACUCAGAGGACUUCUCAGAGGGGAAGCUCUCUCCGGCACUGAGCUCGAUAUCUUCCAGCAUGUCUCAGUUUGGUUCUGAGAGACUCGAUGUCUCUGAGGGUCAGAGGAGUGCUGUUGGAUUGGCUGGUCUCUAGAGACAGAUUUAUUCUUUAUUACAUUAAUCAAUAAUGCCAACACUAGGUCAUCUUUUUUUUCGGGGGGGACGACAACAAUGUUCCUUUUUUAAUUUUUGAAAACUGAAUGUUGCUGAAAGCUGAACCAAUAAGUGCGUUGUAUGAAUUCUAUAGCUGUUAGACAAACCUUUUGUCCUGCACUGUUGGCUUUCUUGACUCUUCCUGUUCAUUUCCACUGUGCUUUUAGGCGUUUUAUGUGGCUUAAUUCUUUGCCAUUUUUUUAAAACAAAAAAUAUUGCACAGUGCCAAAAUUUAUUAUGAAAUGGAAAUAUAUUCAUUGUUAGACGAUGUGUUUUGUGCUUUUGAGAUACUUGUAGAGUGUCUGCUGGAAGCUGUUUGUAACUACCAAGGUUUUUAGACACAUGGUUUAGUUUUAUUGCAAUAUUUUUUUUAAUUUAUUGUUUUUUUUAUUAAUAAUUGAGUUAAAUGACACACUGUGAAAUUGCUAUGAAAUGCUUGAUAUGUGAAAUUGUAUCAGAAUAAAUGUGCAAUCAAGUCACAUAAAAAAAGAAAUGGACAUAGAAACAUCAUUUAUAAAUACACUACCGCUUUGUAAGUUGGGGACCACUUUCUAAUUCCAGGAUCGUUCUUUAUUUUUAUUUCUUUCUACACUGUAAACCACUGCUGAAGGUGUCCAAAAUGUACGAAAAGCUCAUUUGAACAGUUGAGCCUUCAUAACGGCUCUAAUCCGAGGUGCUG